AUGAAAAACCGCCACAACAACAUCAACAACAGCAUAAAGGACAACAACAACAUCAACAACAACAUCAUCAACAACAUCAAGGACAACAACAUCAACAACAACAUCAAGGACAACAACAUCAAGGACAACAACAACAACAACAUUAUCAACAACAUCACGGACAACAACAACAACAAUAACAACAUUAUCAACAACAUCAAGGACAACAACAACAAAAGCAACAACAUCAACAACAUCAACAACAACAAACCAAAAAUCCACAAUCUAGCUUCACGCAAAUGUUGGCAUUCCCUCACAGCAACCGCACAUGCGGAAUUACAAGAUAGUUUGUAUCCAUUUGAAAGUCUCGUGCACCGGAAGGCCUGCCUUAUUAAGAGUGAUACACUUCUGCAAGUAACGCUCGCCCCGCCGCUAAAAUAUAAAGUGCGAGAAAUGAAGUAG